ACAUAUAAUUUUAUUAUACAAUAUAAUGUAUGGCAAAUGAAAAAUACAUCUAGUGUUUAUAUUUCAGACAUUAAUUUAUAUACCCCUCAGUUCUAAGAAGCUUAGUUGAAUUACUUUCUAGAAAUUCCCCAUAUUUCCUAGCCUUUAAAUGGCAACCCUUUCUUAAAUAUAUUUAAGAGCUGCAACCCUUAGGAACCUCCCUUCUCUUACCAAUUUUUUGGGGAGUUGCAGCCAAGGAGCGUAUCAAUGUGUGUCAAUGGGCUGUUGCCUCCAAUUGAAUCCACCUGUCCGCUGGCGGAGUGCAUAGCUGCCGUCGAGCUGUAUCUGUGCCCUGACAUGCAGGAUAUGCCAAGUCAUUUAGAUGGGAAUCGCUCACAUUUUUAAUGACAACUAAUGCGAGUGCCCUUCACCACCCUCCCCCCUUUUCAGCAGCAACCUAGUUUUUCGGGCCCGGCUUAAUCACAUUUGCAGGAGCUCUUUCGGGCACAAGUGUGUAUGUCUAAUGCGCAAAACUUUUAAUUGAGUUUAAAAUUGCAUGAAGAUGGGACGAACCGAAGGUCCUGUGCCAAUGGAAAUCGGCAACCGUAAUUAAACGCGAGUGCGUAUGCCACGUAUGCGCGCAGUUUUUUGAGGUGUGUCGGUUUCAAUCUCGGUAAAUUGCCCAUGAAAUAUUAACUCAGCCAUAAUGAGACGCAAUUUGUGCGUCUCUCGCAGUUUGGCCAACGAAAUGUGGCAGGCGUGUAAAAUACCACACACUUGAAAAGACAAAGGUUGAACCAUUUGAAUUAUAAAUGGUGUGGCUUUAUGUCUUCGGCCUUUUGCCACACCACUGGCCAUGCACCUGUCCAACCCAAAAUACAAUGAAAAACGAAGCGCCAUAAUCCGCCUUAUUCAGCGAUCAAAGGACACUUUCUGCGACCCAAUUAUGGCCAUGAAAUUGUGACACAUUGAGGCCUCGCUGCACUCGCCCCCGCCUCACUUUCCCUGCAAUCCAGUGCGGAAUGAAAAAUGACUCAAUUUGCGAUGGCCGGCACUCUGCUUGCCACCCAACACAAUACACACCUCACACCUCAUGGCACAACACAACCCCCAAUUGCCACAAAUAGUGACCCAUCCCAAUCCAGACGCUUGCAUAAGCGGCAGCAAAGUCAUUAUUCUCAUUUCCACGAUAGCCACAGCACCUUAAUAUGAAGUAAUUCUACUUGGCGCACGGAUAGUUAGUGGAAAAUGACUUGGCUUAUGGGUGAAAAUUCUCCAUUUUCUUGCAACUUCGCAUCGACAAAUGGCUUUUCGGCUGCAUGGCACGUGCAAAAGCAAAAAUACAAAAGUGAAAGGUGAAAAGAAAAAAGGAAAACAAGCGAGAAUAUAUGGAUCGAAUAUUCCGACUGCCAGAUAUCCGCUAUAGAGAUUUACACUAUGGUGCACCAUGUUCCAUGCACCAUGCACCAUGCCCCAUGUCAAAAGUUGUUUAAUUGGAAUUCCCAGAGGCGUGAACAACGUGCAUACUCGUAGAAUGCGUAUAAAACAAUUACAAGCGGGAGAAUCGAUGUUUUAUUGCCACGCUGGCGAUUUGCGCUUUUCAAGUGCAGCGAAACUUGAACUUUUGUUAUAAAAAUUAUAAAAGUUUAACUAGUUAUUUGUAUGUAUGUGCUGGAAAAAACCCCUUUUGUGUUGCUGGUACAAAUGUUCAGGCGUCAAAAUUGUUAGAAAUAAUAUGCAACACAAUUAAAACGUAUAUACUGCGAGUACUGUAUAGCAGGUGUGUAGCCAUAUAUACUAUAUAGCAAGUGUAGCCAUAUAUACUAUUGCUAAAUUAGAAUUUAUGUUAAUGCCGCUCUUCUUUAUGCUGCGCGUACUGCUCGAAUUUCCAAUUCAAUCGCAGCGCACUUGGUUGAGCAUAAAAGACUGAACCCUGAUUAGUUGCCAGUGAAACAUUACCUCGAGUGGAAGCGGAUCGACUCUAGAUUUUACCUUCGAAAUGGCCGACUUUCUCAAUGGCACCCUGAUCACCUCGGAAGAUCCUGUCCGCCUUCCACUCAUCGGAAGUCCAUGGCCCUCGCUGACCAUCGUUUCCAUCUAUCUGCUGUUCGUCUUGAAGGUGGGCCGGAAGUUCAUGGAGAACCGAAAGCCCUACGAUCUCCGUGGCGUCAUUAGGGCAUACAACAUCAUGCAGAUCGUCUACAACAGCGGUGUUCUCAUAUGGGGUCUUCAUUUUUUGUUCGUGCUGAAGGCGUACGACCUGCGAUGCAUCACCAGACUGCCUCUGGACCACGAGUUCAAGAGCCGGGAAAGAUUGCUCACCUACGCGUACUUCUCAAACAAGUUCAUGGACCUAAUGGAGACGGUGUUCUUUGUGCUGCGAAAGAAGGAUCGCCAGAUAUCCGUCCUGCACGUCUUCCACCACCUGGUCAUGUCCUUCGGUGGUUACAUGCACAUCACCUACAGCGGCUAUGGCGGCAUUCUCUUCCCAUCGUGCCUGCUCAACGUGGCGGUCCACGUGAUCAUGUACUCCUACUACUACCUGUCCUCCGUCCGCAAGGAUGUGCAGACCAGUCGGUGGAAGAAGUACAUCACCGUGGUCCAGCUGGUGCAGUUCGUCCUGGUGCUGGCGAACUUCAGCUACACUCUAAUGCAGCCCAACUGCAAUGCCUCGCGACCUGUGUUAUAUUUUGGCAUGGCCAUAUCCACGACCUUCAUCCUGAUGUUUGCCAACUUCUACGUUCACAACUACAUAUUGAGCGGCAAAAAGAAGCCCGCGUUGAAAUCCGAAUGUCACUAUCGAUCGCACAACUGGAGUGGAUUCGCCAUGCUCGCUCCGGUAGAUCCUGUAAAGGCGCCAGUUUUCGGCGAUCCAUGGGUUACCAUGGUCACGUUGAGUAGCUAUCUGCUGUUUGUGCUCAAGGUGGGCCCCAAAAUCAUGGAGAACCGAAAGCCCUUCCAGUUGACUGCUGUCAUCAGGGUCUACAACAUAUUCCAGAUCCUGUACAAUGGUGUAAUACUCGUUUUGGGAGUUCACUUCCUGUUUGUCCUGAAGACAUACAACAUCAGCUGUAUUGUCAAUCUGCCGAUGGAUCACGAACAUAAAGACAGGGAGCGUUCGAUAUGCAUUUUGUAUAUGUUUAACAAAUUCGUGGACCUUGUGGAAACGGUUUUCUUUGUGCUCCGCAAGAAGGACAAACAGAUAUCCUUCCUGCACGUCUUUCAUCACUUUUCGAUGGCAUUUUUCGGAUAUCUGUAUUACUUUUUCCACGGAUACGGUGGAGUUGCAUUUCCACAGUGCCUGCUAAACACCGCCGUCCACGUGAUUAUGUACGCCUACUAUUACCUAUCCUCGAUCAGCAAGAAGGUGCAGCGCAGUCUCUGGUGGAAGAAGUACAUCACCAUUGCCCAGCUGGUCCAGUUCGCGAUAAUCAUGCUCCACUGUACCAUCACACUGACGCAGCCCGACUGCGAGGUCAACAGACCCUUGACCUACGGAUGCGGAUUGCUGGCCGGGUUCUUUGCCGUGAUUUUCAGCCAAUUUUAUUUCCACACCUACAUAAUGCCAGGCAAGAAGUCGUCGCAACAUUGAGUUCUUAUAAUGAUCUUUAAACUAUGAGUACAAAGCCAAAUGCUUUGAUGUACUUACAUAAAAAAACAACCCUAAAUAAUUUUGUAUGUUAACCACAAUAGCCUCUGUUUUGUUUCAUUACUUUAUCCAUUUUAUAGGAUAAUUAAAUUUUAAAAAAAUUCGUUUUUUAACGGCAAACUAUUUUUAUGACAGUUUUAGCACUGCCAUGCAAAGGGUAAAUAUAAAAAUAGCUAAAAAUCGAAUGGAAAAAGGGGAAAUGUAUGUAGGCAUGUGACUGCCGAGGGAACUACACAAUGCACGUUUAAUGUCAUUUAAAACGGCAAUUACUCAGCACGCUCGGUGGCUCGACCAGUUGGAUACCCCAUUCCGAAUGCGCACCAAGGACGAAGGACAAAGGACGAAGGAACCGAAAAGCCAGUGGCAAAGUGGCGACCAGAAGCAGGAACCACUGCACUUGACUGCGGCUCCGCUUUAAUGUUGCUGCAUGGCCGCAAUUAUUCAGCUGGCACUUUGACUCUGAUUCUCUGAUUCGCCGCAUGCGAUUCCUAUGCAAAUUCGUUCGGUCGGUCGGCUACGGGUGACCCUUCCGGUGCCAUAAAUCGCCGGUGGUGCUGGCCAGGCUCGUUCCUAAUAUUCUAAUUAAAAGCAGCAUGGAAUGACCAGAGACGUGCUUGGCACAAAAUCCUACGGGGCAUGCAGAUCACGUGCAAGGAAUCCCCGCACCAGUACGAGUACUCGAGAUGUGGCCAAUGGGAUUUAUUCCGGACGGAGUCCAACUCCUUGACCUUCUCGAAUGCAUUUGAAUUAACUGUCGAUGCAUUUGAAUUCAUCUAUUAUUCAAACGGCGCAUAUGCAAAUCGUCGAGCACACUCAGAGAAACUUUUAAGCGUUAGAUGUGUGUCCCUUUAUAAUUACAAUUAAUUUAAGGAAAACCAAUGCAAGUGCUAUUGAACAAUACAAAUAUUUGUGAUUACAAAUGAAUUCUUUUUGAGUAGUAAAAAAGGGCCACAGUUGCCAAUUUUAUGAA